AUGGAGGCAGGCGAGUCGAUAGAUUCGGCCACGGCUGCUGUACCGUCGGAUCAGCCAAAUUGGCAACAGCCGCAAGCAACUGUCCACACAGACGACGCAGCACAGCAGGAGCGCACCAGCCCGGAGACGAGCUCGCAACAUCCACCGGCGCCAGACCUCACUGUCAUGGAUAGUAUCCCUUCUCUCGAUGCUUCCAACUUGGCCAGCUUCUUCCCCGCCGCUGCGUCGCAAGAAACGACGACGAACACGGAGUCGGGGCCUACACUCGAAGAGCAGAUCCAAGCUUUCACUGCAGGACUCGCAGGGCAGUUUGGCUCGCAAUCAGAGACGCUUCAUACUCCCAUAGACGCUGCUUCUGCCUCGAAUGUCAACACCACCACCUACAACACGCCCACUCAAGGCGAAGGUACACCCGCUACAGCCGAAGAUAUCGCCUCUUUCGAGACGCUCAUCGCAUCGCUUAUGCCAACACCACUCUCUGGAUCACCAGCACCAGGGCAAACAGAGGAUGCAUCAUCAGCGCAAUUGCUUCCAUUGCAGCUUUCCACCGGUUCGCAAACCACAUCCGCCACUCCCGAGCAACCGCCUUCUUCCACCACUGCCGACAAUGCUGCGCAGAGCUUUGUAGACAAUCUGCUCCGUGAGGCAAAUUUGUUUCCUACUACCGAGCCUUCGACAGAAGCGCAAAGCACCUCAGCCGACUCAAACGCCAUCCAAGCCAUCCAGGAUGCUCCCACUGCUGCUGCAACAACAACAGCCAACAGCGAGCCAAAGUCGGGCGGAGUUGGCGACGAAGCACUCGCAGCGAGCUUGGAGCAAUUCAUGGCCAGUCUUCAAGCGCGAGUCUCUUCUAGCCUCGCCACUACCGAGGGUAUCAAAGAAUCCGAAGAGACUCCCGUCAAGCCCAAAGCAUCGCCGCAGAAGCAGUCCAAGGUCGUCAAGAAGCCCAAAAAGGUGCUCGGCAAGCGAAAGUACCGCGAAAUCGGGCCCAUGGAGCGUCGCAGCCGAGUCGAGAAGGCCAUCGCCGAGUACAUUGCUAGCAUCGAUACCUUAACCAAACCCAACACCGUCACUGGUCCCAUCUCGGCCGUUGAAGCAUCAAAGACAAAGAUGACCACCAUCCGGUGUGCCCACGCCUCUGUGGCUCAGAAGAGUUACGGAUCCGAAAAGCGCUUCUUCAAUCCACCGCCCAUCAUCAGCGUCACAGGUCCGCUGCGCAGAUAUGCAGAGCACGGUGCUGCCACCCUCAACACUUCAUCCACAUCCGACGACGCAGAUCAAGAAGAUCAGUGCCGCGUCAGUCUCCUUGUUCGCGGAGAUUCGGAUGAGUUCUUCUCGAAUGAAAACGUCGCCGUGCUCGACAGUCGACUGGAGACCAAGAUGCGAACGCUGUAUGUCACGCCGACCGGAAGGUCCAAGACGUUCCGACUACAGCUCAACCUGCUCCGUCCCUCUGGAUUGGAGCCGCACCUGCCCAUCUUCAGCCCGCUGAAAAAGUCACGAGCUGCCGAAGCGCUCUCUCCGGCCAUGAGUGUUGGAAGCCCUGCUAAUGAACAGGCCGACACCAACACCGAGGUGCUCUCACGGUUGCCAAAAGGCUUGGCGUGGGCAUCUUUCGAGUCUGCGCCCGUUACCAUCAUCUCCAAGUCGUCGAAAAAGACGGCCAAGCCAAGAGGUCAGACGAACCAGGUGCAGAACGGCUCGCUCGUCUCGCUUUUCAACCGGAUCAACUCGCAGAACGCUCGAACAAAGUACAUGCACAGCAGCGCUAGUGGCGACCUCACCGUUCACAACGGAGAAUGGUCCACCUAUCGCAUCACGCUCAUCUCUCGACCGCCCCUAGCCGAUCUUGCCGGAGCUGAAGAGGAUAGUGUCACAUACGGCUCAACCGUCGUGUUGACCGACGUCAAUACCGGGCACAGCAGCGAUCCGCUUGUAGUGUGCAAGGUGGACAAAGGCCAGGUGCAGCUGCCUCAGCUAGACCCGCCUGCCGAACUUCUGACAGCCGGGUCGGGGAACAAGUCUCGCAGAGUAGCCAUCGAUCGAGCUUUGCGCGACAAGCUAGCUGCUGUCAGCAAGUCGUCCUCCAACGGCAAUGCAUCUUCCCCUGCCCGAGCGGGAUCCGCACCGAGUAACGGCGUGGCUAAGCCAGGCAGCAGCAUGCAGACUGCUAUCAAGAUCGAAGGCGGCGAGGCUUCUGCUAGCUCCUUCAGCGCUGAUGCUUCGGCUCCGAGCGCCAACGCAAAGGGUGGCGCUGAAAAGAACGCCGACGACCUCAACCUCUAUGGCCCUGUUGGGCAGUUGCAAAAGGUGGCUCUCAUGCGGUUCGUGCCCAGCAACGACGCGGAAACAGUCUUUGGCGAUUCGGAGCACCUCGAAUCCAACUUCUCGACCCCACGCAGCUACCUGUGUGCGAUGAUGCCGGAUGCGUGGAAGCACAUGUCGCCCGACAAAAUAGGAAAAGAGCCUCUUGCCAUCAACUUUGCGCAAACGCAUGAAGAAGGGCUGGGAUCGGGCGAGUCUCCCAGCGAUACUUGGGAUGUCAACAAGACCACCGAGAGCAAUUCUGUGGUAUACGCGACGCCCAAGACGAUGGUGGUGGCGAAGGAGAACGGGCCGGGAGUCAAGGAGGUGGAUGAAGUGGAUGAUGCGUUUGUGUGGACCGUGAUCGGGGUGUCGCGCUUCGAGUAUUCGUACUUUGACACGAGCGCGACGCAGGCUUCGAAGGACGAAGGGCCUUGCGAGGUGCCGAUGACGCCCUUUCCGUUGAUCACGUCAAUGCCGACGUACGACCAGACCAAGCAUACGCUUAUCACCACUGUCACCAACUUCAUCGUUCCGGCGGCGAUCACGGCAGACCCCAUCCCGCUCGAUGUCUGGGCCGGCAGCUUGGGACCGCUCAAAGUCGAGUAUUCCACCAAACGCCCCACUGCGCCCUCCUCCGUACCCGGUUCGACGUCGACGGACCCGGAAGCCUACAUCACCGUCACCCUCCCGCCCAUUCGAGACAUGCUCAAACUCGCGCUCACUGGCAGACUAUCUGCACCGGUCCCUGCGAGUAGUGUUCCACCCCACUUCCUCCUCCCGCUCAUCUUCGUCAACGACUCUGACGGCACGGCUUACCACUCGGGACGCCACAUCGUCUGCGAAGACCUCGUGCAGCUCAUGAAGGCCACCGGCCACGACACCUCCGCCGAAGUGCUCAAGCAGCUCGGCUUUGGGCUGGGCGAUCUAGCGGGGCCUCCUAAGCAGGGUGCCUGGAGCUUGCGCAUCAUCUGA